CGGAGGCGCGCCCCACCUCCACGGCUGAAGUGCACCCGCGUCCUCGCAUUUUCGUGUCGGCCCCGCCCGGCAUAAAAUCUCACCUCUCAGGACUGGUGGGUUCUUUGCACGAAAGGCCCCUUGACGACUAAACGCACGUUCCUGCUCUCACGACUUCUAUUUCCUCGCGAGACGGAUACCAUGAGCGGACAAGAGUACGAGCCAAAAAAGGCGUCCGACGCGGGCUCUGUCGCCUCUACCGACGAAGAGCAGGCGAUCAUCAAAAUACAGAUCCAGGAGGAGAGCGGCCACCAGAUCAAGUACCGUUCGUGCUCAUGGCAGAAGACUGCCGCCCUGCUAUUUUCGGAGUAUAUCUGCUUGGCCAUCCUCUCCUUCCCGUGGUCAUACUCCGUCCUCGGGCUCGUACCGGGCAUCAUCUUGACGCUCGUCGUCGCGGUCUCGGUCCUGUAUACGUCGCUCGCGCUCUGGAGAUAUUGCAUGAAACACCCUGAGAUUCGUGACGUGUGCGACAUAGGUCAGGCACUGUUCGGAGGCUCAAAGUGGGCAUACAAUGCCACGGCUGUGUUCUUCCUCCUGAACAACACGUUCAUUCAGGCCCUUCACGUUCUCGUCGGCGCGAAGCUCCUGAACACCCUUACCAACUCCGCGGCGUGCACAAUUGUGUUCUCUGUCGUUUCGACGCUCAUCUGCAUCAUCUUCACGCUUCCGCGUACGCUCAAUGAGCUGUCGUACCUUGGCACGUUCUCCGCCAUCACGAUGGGAAUCGCUGUACUGCUUGCGAUUAUCUUCGCAGGUGUUGAGGAACAUCCAUUCGGCUGGACACCAGGUGCAGACCCGAUUGUCACCGCCUGGCCCGUCAAAGGCACGACGUUCGUGGCCGGCAUGAGCGCGUUCAUGAACAUCACCUACACGUUCGUUGGGCAAAUCACUCUUCCUUCCUUCAUUGCGGAAAUGAAAGAGCCCAAAGACUUCCCCAAGGCUCUUUGGGCAGUCUCGAUCGCCGAAAUGGUCGUCUUCACCCUCUGCGGCGCGCUCGUCUACCACUGGACCGGCAACCAGUACAUGACCGCACCCGCGUUCGGCUCGCUCUCGCCCCUCUACAAGAAGAUCGCGUUCUCGUUCGCCAUCCCCACCAUCGUCUUCCUCGGGGCGCUAUACGGGAGCGUGACGGCGCGAUUCCUGUUCUUCCGCAUCUUCAAGGAGUCGCACCACCGAUACACAAACACCGUGAAGGGGUGGAGCACGUGGGUGGCGAUCAUCGUCGUAAAUUGGAUCAUCGCGUUCGUGAUCGCGGAGGUUAUCCCGUUCUUCUCGGACAUGCUGUCGUUGAUGUGCUCGCUCUUCGACUGCUGGUUCGGCUUCAUCUUCUGGGGCCUCGCGUACAUGACGCUGUACCCGGGCAAGGAGCGGUGGGCGGGGCUCUGGCGGUCACUGCAGACGGCGCUCAACUACUUCAUCAUCCUCGUCGGCAUUUUCAUCAUGGUCGCCGGCACGUACGCGUCAGUGCAGAGCAUAGUCGACUCGUAUCGCGCGUCGGCGUACGGAUCUGCGUUCACGUGCGCGAGUAAUGCAUUAUAGUGCAUGCUCGAUGUACUUGCAUUUUGCACUGCGCCGUCUAGUUGUAAGGUCGAAUGCCGGGCUUAACUUAUAUAAGUAGGUACUGCAUAUUGUCAGGAUUAUGAGGAGUUGGGGGUUCGCGCUACCAAAAUAAUCACCGGGAUGGCUGCUGGGCCAUUUGGAAAGCUCU